AAAGGUGAACAUUGAGAGGCUGUGGACAUAGAGUCAAAGAGAUUCAACUGCAAACUUCCUCAUCGAUAUCAAUGCUAUUCGUGCCAAAUCUUGACAAACUAUUCACAUCAAUGUCACGAUUAGAUCUCAAUGUUGAAAGCGUCUGUGAUGUUUGGGAAAAAAAUAUUAGAGGUUACAGCAACAACAAGAUUAGUCGUUCUUUGUAUCAUCGUUGGAGUAUUUGUAGAGAUUUCCUUGUUUCCUGUUUAGUGAGCACAAAAAACACGUAAAUAUAAAAAAAAAACACAUCAAAAGUAGAUUUUAAACAUGGAAAAACAAUCAUUGAAAGUGAUUCAGGAAGUCCUCUCAAAAAGACUCACUAUCUACAUCAGUGAGAAGGAACGACGACUCGCUGAAAUUUGCGUGGACUUAACACUUUCUUUUAUUACCGCCCUUCUCGGUACUGUCAACAACCUGGUGGUUAUGGUGGUCCUGGCCAAGCAAGGGUUCAAGGACAGUGUGAGCAUUUCUAUGACUACGGUGGCGUUCUGGGAUUUCAUCAAAUGCUUUGGCGGGACACUGCAAAGGAUGUCCGGGCUGCUGGCCCUUAUCGACCCCGCCAUGGCCCAAAGCUGGGCCAACAUCGGCGUUGUGGUGUUUAAUUACCUCGUCUCAUUUACCAGCUACGUCACAAGCGUCCUGGCCGCUUACGUGGCCAUUGAGCGAUGUUUGUGCGUCACAAUUCCUUUUAGGGUGAAGAAGCUGCUGACUCCAAAAGUAGCCAGCGCUUUGUGCUUGGCCAUCUCAGUGGUCGUCUUCGGCUGCUUCGCCGUCAUGUACGGAGUCUACGACAUCUACUGGGACUUCGACCCCGAGUUUAACGAGACCGUGGCCCACUACGACUUCAAAGACUUCUCCGUGAACAACACGUCUCUCUGGGAGUACUACAACAUUUCUGGAGUCACCUGGCCUACGGUCAGCUUGAUCAUCAUUAUCAUAUGCACUGUGCUCAUAUCGCAGAGGCUGCAGCAAGCAUCCAUGUUCAGAAACAACCUUCGCAACAGCACCACCUCAUCCUCUCUGGAUCUGUCCAGCAACCCAGGCAAGAGGAUCUCUCGAAGAGACGGUCAAGUGAUUAAGAUGCUCCUCGUUGUCAUCGCCUUGUUCAUCGUGACCCUGUCCCCCCGCGUGGCAGUGUACACCGCCAAGUACUUUGUCUACGACUUUUACUUUCUGCGGAGGUAUCACAACCUUUUUUGCUUGGUGGCCUACAUAGUCUACUUCUUCGAUCUGCUGAAUGGCGCCAGCAAUUUCUUCAUUUUUAUGGUCAUGAGUACGUCCUUCAGAAAUACGAUCAAGAGAAUGUGCAAUAUAAGAAUUGAAACAGAAGUGCGUCAUCAUACCGAGCUGAAGAGAUUGCAGAGGAGACAAGAAAACUGUUACUAAAUCUUGGUGCACUUUAUCUUUCACUAAAUAGUUCAAUUAUUCAAUAGCGUAGAAAACCUUAGAUGGCUAAAAUGUUCAAUGUUUAUAAUGUUUGUAAGACUAAGAGUAAGACUAAAAUUAAGACAGAGACUGAGACUUAGGCUAAGACUGCUUUAUUGAUCCUUCUGGAAAUUUGUUGUGAUUACAAGGACUCUUUUCUCAUAUAAAAACAGCACAACAGAAACAUUCACAUAAAUAGAACAGACACAACAUAAAGAGUUCAUUCAGUGACUACAAACAGACAUUUUGAUCCUUUUCAUAUUUCUUGAUCAACGAGACGCAUUUAUAGAGUCUGACCGAGUGAGAAACGAAAGCGUUUUUUUGUACCGCUCGGUCUAGUCUUGAUAGACAGAAGUCGUCCACUUCCACUUGACUUAAUUAUGAUGGAAGGGGGGCUGUUCUCACUUUUAAUAAAUAGCUGGUCACCGCUGGAACAUGUUUUGUUAAAGGCAUGUACUACAUUUUACCAAAACACUUUACAUAAUUUUAAGAUCGGAGUAACUUUGAAACGUAAAGGAUUCCGUACCGCUACAUUUUCCUCUUCCGCAGCGUCCUGAAACUAAACAUAUUUAUAUGUAUUCAAUGUUGUCAAUUUUAAAAUAUAAUAUUUAAAAAAAAAACUAAAUUUAUUUUUUUUUCUCUUCUCGUUAACCCUAUACCAUUGACUAUAUAUGGUCACUAAUAUGGUGAUCUAACAGAAUGCAGGAGAGUCGCUGGCCGUCCACUUUUACGGUAUACUGAUGUAUGCAAGUGCAACAUGAAGCUCUUCAAAAAUCGAUUCUAACAACUGGGAAAAAGUGACACUGGAUAGAUCCACAUGGAGAGCGAGCAUAAAGGAAGGGUCACGGUUUGCAGAUGCCAUACACAACAGUAGUAGAAAGAAAGGUGAAAAUGCAACGGCGCCUGGGGAUUACAGAUGGCAACCUUUUACCGCAGCUGUGUAUCAAGGAUUGGCCUCUUAAGUCACACAAGAAGUUGCAAAGGGAAAACAUUCUCUCUCGAGACGUACAAUUCCACACAGUUGGCAGAGAAAGCAAAAAUAGAAAACAUUUUUAUAACCAGUUCAAUAUAAUAACAAAACAAUUUCAUUUAAAAUGUAUUUGUAUUUGUUGAUUUUUUGUCUAUGUAAAUUGCAGUUGUAAAUAUAUAAUGGGUCGAUACUUUUAAGACCACAAGUCUAUUGUUUCUGAGAUAUGCUUGAUAUCGUCUCUUCAAACAACAGCACCCAAACAUACAUAAAUAAUACUUAAGCCUACAAAAGAAAUGUAUAUCAACAUAAACUACUGAUAAAAGGUUAAUUACUAUAUCAAGAAUGUAGUAUAAUAAUACAUUUUAAUAACUUUAAUAUUUUUUAUUAGUACACUAAAAAGCAACAGAAAAGUUAACCUUUCACUGCAAGGUUGUGUCUUAGCCAUAUAUUUAUAUUUCUAUGUCCCUAUGGAUAUAGGUCUGAGUGACUUUUUCACGGUAGUCUGUAACUAAUCCUUUCUUAGGAUGAUGUUCUGUGGUUAUCACACCAUUAGAACCGUUCCAAGUUGCAGAUUUAAUGUUAUCAAAACAUAAAACCACUUUCUCCACCAGGAUCUGUUUAACUUAGGACAUCACUUUUUUUUUUUUUUAAUUUGGUUACCCAGUGUCAAUGCUAAGGGCAUAAGUGGGGGCGAAGUAAAGCAACUUUCUCUAUUUCCGCUCCAUACUUAUGAUAUAUAUGAAGGUCUGUGCCCCACGACCACGACUUGCUUGAAACUAUACAUUUCUAUUGGCCCCACAAUUCUUAGCUUUCCGAAGGCCUCCCCUGGAAGCAGGACUGGACACAAUCCAGAAAGGUAAUAUACUUCAUUAUUAAUUGAUAUUUUAAACAAAUACUGUCAGUAUGUGCUAAAGGAUCCUUAAGAGUGCUAUAGAGUUGCAGAGUUAGAUUCUAUCCUAUAAUGGGCUUUCGAAAAAAAAAUUUUUGUGAUCUCGUUAAAAAAUUAUUUGUGUGAAUAGAUACAAAGAUUGAUUUGUGUAUGGAAAACGAAGACUCAUUUUGUAGUAGAAAUAAAGAAUAAUUUUGUUUGGGUAGAA